AUGUAGAAGGUAGAAGCACCCAGAAUUAAGCCAUCUCCUAUUGCUGAUGCAAAAUUAUAGACUAAAAUAUUAGAUCUUCUUCGUUAGGCAUUAAAUUAUAAGCAAUUAAAAAAAGGAGCUAAUGAGGUCUUAAAAAAUCUUGAUAAAGGAAUAUGCGAAUUGGUGAUUUUGGCAGCUGAUUGUGAUCCUAUAGAAAUAGUAGCAAAUAUACCAAUUAAAUGCGAAGAGAAGAAUGUCUCAUAUUGUUUUGUCUCAACCUAGGCAAGUUUAGGUCGAGCUUGUGGUAUUAGCAGACCUGUUGUUGCUGCAUCAAUUGUAUAAAGUGAAGGCUCUUAAUUGAAAACAUAGAUUAUUGAAAUGAAAGACUUAAUUGAUUAAUUAUUUAUUUGA